CUCACCUUUCCUCAGUCAUGGAUCAAAAUAAAAGGCGACACAGUUACGAGUUAAAAUUGCAAUAUUUCUGUGAAGUCAGCGGAGUGUUUGCGCGUCUUCUAAAUGGCACCUGUUGGUGCGCAAGAACGCAUGGGAACAGUGCAGCGUUGCCUCGGGCGGCGCACUCAUGUUGUUUUAACCCUUUGUUGUUACCAUGAAGGGUCGUGUCCAGCGUGGGAACAUUAAAUCUCAGUUGAGUGUCUUUUCAACAUGUAGACUCGCGCAAGAGAGAACCGUGUAUUAGGCCUCACAAAUACAGUUUGGAACGCUAGUCAAACUCGUAACCAUAACCGAUGACAAACAAAAUGAAGCAGAAUGUGCCUAUGUGAUCAUCCUCAUGGCGGUGUACUGGUGCACCGAGGUGCUACCGCUGGCCAUCACUGCCCUGCUCCCAGCCCUGCUGUUCCCCCUCUUUGGCAUCAUGGAGUCCAAAGAUGUGUGUAUGCAGUACCUGAAGGACACCAACAUGCUGUUCGUGGGCGGGCUGAUGGUGGCGGUAGCAGUGGAACACUGGAAUCUACAUAAGCGCAUUGCGCUGCGGGUGCUGCUGCUAGUUGGCGUUCGUCCAGCCCUGUUGAUGCUGGGUUUCAUGGGCGUGACGGCCUUUUUGUCCAUGUGGAUCAGCAACACGGCGACCACAGCCAUGAUGGUUCCUAUAGUACAAGCCGUGCUGGAGCAACUGAACAACAGCGACAGUGAGAUUCCAAAGAUCCUCAGUUCAGAUGAGCAGAUCCAGAUGACAGAGUUGGAUCUCAAACAGCCUCCACAGACUGAGAAACAGGCCGAGGGACAAGGUGCAGUGGUGGUGACCUUCUUGGACGCCAACGCAGAGGCCACCAGACGUAAAGAGGCGGCUGAGAAACUGAAAAUGUGUAAGGGUAUGACCUUGUGUGUUUGCUACGCUGCCAGCAUCGGAGGCACCGCCACACUGACUGGGACAGGACCCAAUCUCGUGCUGCAGGGCCAGAUGGGCCAACUCUUCCCCCAAAAUGGAGAUGUGAUCAACUUUGCCUCCUGGUUCGGCUUUGCGUUCCCAAAUAUGAUUCUCAUGCUGACGCUGGCGUGGCUUUGGCUGCAGUUUGUCUUCAUGGGCUUUAACUUCAAGAAGACAUGGGGUUGUGGCGCGUCAAAGACAGAGAAGGAGGUGGCUGCUUACAACGUGAUCAAGGAGCAACAUCGUCUGCUGGGUCCAAUGACCUUUGGAGAGAUCAGCGUCCUGGGCCUCUUCAUUCUGUUGGUGGUGCUGUGGUUCACGAGGGACCCGGGUUUUGUUGACGGCUGGGCAACGCACAUCUUCAACUCCAAAUCUGAGUUUGUGACGGAUGCCACCGUGGCCAUCUUCAUCGCAGUUCUUCUUUUCGUUCUUCCGUCCAAACCCCCGCGUCUCUGUUGUCGACAUGCAGGCAGCUUUGAUACAGUGCCCCAGCAUCCAAAUGAACCAUCUCGAUCGCUGCUCUCAUGGAAAGUCGUGCAGAAGAAGCUGCCUUGGGGCAUCGUGCUUCUUCUUGGAGGGGGUUUUGCGUUGGCCAAGGGCAGUGAAGUAUCAGGACUCUCCAGCUGGAUGGGAGACCAAAUGGCGCCUCUGCAGAGCAUCCCUCCGUGGGCCAUCGCCAUCAUCCUGUGUCUUCUGAUCGCUACCUUCACGGAGUGCACCAGCAAUGUAGCGACAGCUACUCUCUUCCUGCCCGUCUUAGCCUCAAUGUCGCAGUCCAUCGGGAUGAACCCGUUGUACGUCAUGGUGCCUUGCACGUUGAGCGCGUCGUUCGCCUUCAUGCUGCCUGUGGCGACGCCUCCCAACGCCAUUGUCUUCUCUUACGGAUAUCUCAAAGUCGCUGACAUGGCUCGGACGGGAAUAGUCAUGAACAUCAUUGGGAUCCUCUGCAUCACACUGGCCAUUAACAGCUGGGGGAAGGCCAUGUUCAACCUGGACACCUUCCCAUCGUGGGCAAACGUCACCGGGGUUUGAGUCAGAGCUCAUUCACCGGCGCGCAGGACUCCAAUUACCCAAAGGUCAACGCGAAGAAGAAGACCUGUCGUGAGGUCGACGGACCAGCAAUUCUCAAGAGGAGAAUUUAUUGUACAGUUUUUCUAGUCAUUAUUUAUGUAAAAGCAGGAUUUUUUUUAAAAGCCUGGAAUACAAAGUGUCCUUAAAUGGAGGCUGAGACUUAAGUCCUGUAUACUUUAUGUUUUUCAUAAUCAAGAACAUUCUGUGUAUAUCUGAGGGUGAGUUGAUUUUUUUUUUUAAAUUGUAAAAAAUAAUAUAUAAAUGAUUAAAAUACAACCUUGAAUUCAGAAUUAACAAACUGAUAUAACUGAUAUCUGACUGACAAAGUUGCUCUAAACUGUGCCUUAAUAGCUGCAGCCAUUUUUUCUUUUCCUGCUAAAAACAACACGCAGAAAUGUUUAGGGGAAAUGUCUUGGUGGGAUGUUCCAUUAUGGAGGAUAUAAACACGCACUUUUGUCCCCUUCCCCUUCAACCCGACUCUCGAGUCUUAAACAGGACCGGAUAUAAACCUGCUGGUAUCAGCUGAACUUUAGUACCUUGCGUCACGAAUCAAGAAACUGUGUAUGUGUCUCGUACAAACAUGAACUAUAAACAAACUCCCAAUCGAUAUGGCAUGUGACCUCCAGUGAUUCCUCAAUGAAACCGCUCAUUCAGGUUUUGUUCUGUUGUUUGCGGGGGGCAUUAUUUAUCUACUUUAUGAUGCUGUUUUACAGGAACAUAAUAAUAAAGUUGUU